AUGCAAGAAGCACCAUCACCUCCAAGUGCUCUUGGUAAAUAUCGUCUUUUAUCACCAACUGCCGCUGUUCGCGUGUCACCACUAUGUCUAGGUGGAAUGUCUCUUGGUGAUGCAUGGGAACAAAUGGGUAUACAAUCAAAAGAAAAUUCAUUUAAAAUUCUCGAUACAUUUUUCGAUGCUGGUGGAAAUUUUAUUGAUACGGCCAACGGUUAUCAAAAGGAACAAAGUGAAACCUGGUUAGGAGAAUGGAUGGCUAAACGACAAAAUCGUAGUCAAAUGGUUAUUGCAACUAAAUUUACAAGUGGAUACAGAUCAGACUGGGAAAAAGAACCAAUUCAUGUAAAUUUUGCUGGAAAUUCAGCAAAGUCUUUACAUGAAAGUGUAAAUGCUUCAUUGAAAAAACUUCAGACGGACUAUAUUGAUCUUCUUUACGUACAUUGGUGGGAUUAUACUUGUAGCAUUCCUGAAUUAAUGCAAUCACUCGAUCAUUUGGUCAAAGCAGGCAAAGUACUCUAUUUAGGAGUGAGUGAUACACCUGCAUGGGUUGUUACAAAAGCAAAUCAAUAUGCAAGAGAUCAUGGACUUCGUCAAUUUUCAGUCUAUCAAGGUCUAUACAAUGCUGCUAAACGAGAUGCAGAAAGAGAUAUUCUUCCAAUGCUUCGAGAUGAAGGUAUGGCUUUUGCACCUUGGCAAGCACUUGGAGGAGGAAAAUUUAAAACACAAGAACAAUUAGAAGCAAUGGAAAAGGCAGGUGAUAAAGGAAGAUCAUUUGGUGGAUUUAGAAAAGGUCCAUCUGAAGAGGAUAAAGCUGUUACUGCUGUACUCGAUAAAAUUAGCAAAGCUAAAAAUGUUUCGAUAACACAAAUUGCAUUGGCUUAUGUAAUGGCAAAACAACCAUACAUCUUUCCUAUUGUUGGCAUUCGAAAGAUCGAACAUUUGCAAGAUAAUAUAGAUGCUUUAAAAUUACGCUUAAAUAAAGAAGAAAUCAAAGAAAUUGAAAAUGCAUACGAAUUUAAAGUUGGCUUUCCUCAUGAUUUCACUGGACUUCAUCCAAGUCAAAAUUUUCUUUUAAAAAUGGCAGCUCAUUAUGAUUGGGUGGAACCGGAAAAGAGUUUGAAUGCUGAUUAA